GUUAGUAUGAGUAGUAUGACUACUGACUAGUAAGAGCCGCGUUUAGUGCGCAUUGUCAGUUCGCCGCCAAUAGCCAAUCGCCGCUCUUACGCUUCGUAUUUCCUGGAUUCUCGGCAUUUCUCGCCCCCGAACGCGACCCGUUCUCACAAGUCGCACAGCUAUUACAUUUUCCAGUUUUCUCACUCUACAGACGACCAACUAAAGCUGCUCGCGUCCUUUCACGUAUCGAACAACUUUAAGAACUCUGCCGCCGACUCAUCAUCGUGGUACUGACUACGAAGCACAAUCGGACGUCAAUUGUUGCCCGCCAAUUGGUAUCGGCCAACGACAACGACAAUAUUAGUGUUGUCGAUAAUCAAUCGUCCUGCUUGCUAGCGCGUUUGUGUGUGUGCGUGUGUGUGUGUACACCUAUACAUCAUUACAUUAACACAGAAUAGAUGCGAUGACUUACGACAUACGUGCUUAGCCGUCCAAAACCUCUAGUCACCAAGUCGAUUUCAAGUCUCAUUCGUCUCGUUACUGUUAAGCGUCGACGCGUAUUCUCGUCGUCUGUCAUCCGGUGAUUGGUCGAUAGUUUAUGGUUGCAGAGAUGAAGCUGGUCGACAACGUCGUACGCAGCUUCAAGGUUGCUAAGGUGUUCCGCGAGAACACCGACAAGAUCAACAGUUUUGACUUUUCACCUGCCGGAGAUUACAUCAUAUCAUGUAGUGAAGACGACCAGAUCGUUAUAUACGACAGUCAGAAAGGCGAGCUGUCCAAGACCAUUAACAGCAAGAAAUAUGGCGUCGAUCUUAUACAUUUCGCGCAUACUAAGACGACUGCUAUACACAGUUCGACCAAAGUCGACGACACUAUCAGAUACUUAUCAUUACAUGAUAAUAAGUACAUUCGUUAUUUCACGGGACAUGCCAAAAAAGUUGUGUCAUUAUGUGUGUCCCCCAUUGAGGACAUGUUUGUUUCUGGAUCAUUGGAUAAAAGUCUCAGAUUAUGGGAUUUGAGGUCGCCAAAUUGUCAAGGUUAUAUCAAUGUUAUGGGAAGACCCGUGGCAGCUUUUGAUCCAGAAGGUUUAGUGUUGGCUGCUGGCAUUAAUUCUGAAACUCUCAAACUGUUUGAUGUCAGGUCAUUUGACAAAGGACCAUUCAUUACUGUGAAGCUUCCUCAGGAGAAAGAAUGUGACUGGACUGAUCUCAAAUUUAGUCAGGAUGGCCGUACAAUACUUAUUCCUACUAAUGGAUCUUUAAUUAGAUUGAUAAAUGCAUUUAAUGGUACACCAAUCCAGACAUUCACUGGUCACUUGAAUAAUAAAGGCAUUCCUAUCGAAGCAUCAUUCAGUCCAGAUUCACAAUACAUAUUCAGUGGAUCAACCGAUGGUCGUAUUCAUGUAUGGAAUGCAGUUACUGGCUAUAAAGUUUGUGUUCUCAAUGGAGAUCAUCCAGGCCCAGUACAUUGUGUUAAAUUUAAUCCUAAAUACAUGAUGAUGGCCUCUGCAUGUACAAAUAUGGCGUUUUGGUUACCUACAGUUGAUGAAGUAGCCAAUUUGGCAUAAGUCAAACAUUCAUUUUACGUGUGUGUAACUUACAUUACCUAAGUACAAUGUACUUACUUAAAGUCAACAACAUAUUUUAAUUAUUGAUUUUCCUAUAAUUUAAGUUAUAGACUAUUAACUUUUAUUCAAUUAUUUUGAAAGAAUAAAUGUUUUUAUUUUUUA